UGACAAUUUCAAUUAUGUAUCUUAUUCAUUUACAUUGGGCUGAAAUUAAAUGAUUUCUUGAGAAAAUGAGAGACUAAUUGGAUAAGUUCUUGCAUAAAAUUUAUUACCGGUCACAUUAAUAUUUAUAAAAUACCAAUUGAUUAUUGCUAUUUUAUCGUGAGUAAGGUGUUGGCAUUUUAAAUAUCGAGGAUUGUAAUUAGAGUACAAGAAACAGGUUUAUUUAAAACAAUGAACGAGGUGAUCGUACUCUUUGAUGGGUACUCGAAGAAACUGGACCAGAAUCGAAUGGAUGCGAAUUGCACUAGCACGAUAAUUAAGGGUCCAAAGUUUAUUAUCGUCGACACAAUGACUGCAUGGGAUAGAGAAAAAAUAGUUGAAGCUCUAGCUCAAGAAGGUAUCAAGCCUGCGGACAUAGAUUACGUGGUGUGUACUCACAGUCAUGCCGAUCAUAUUGGGAACAAUAAUCUGUUUACAAAUGCAGAACAUAUAGUUGGGGCGCAGGUUCAACAACGGACAAUAUUUUAUGAAAAUAAAUUUGAAAAUGGAGAAUACCAUAUUUCCAAUGGGGUUAAAGUUAUCGCAACCCCAGGACACACGGCAGAAGAUGUAACAGUCUUAGUUAAAACGGAAAUAAAUGAUAAAAGUGUGACUUAUGGGAUAACAGGUGAUUUAUUUGAAAAGGAAGAGGAUAUUGUUAAUCCCACAAUCUGGAAAGACCUGGGAUUGCCAGAACUUCGGCACAUCCAAGCAAAGAAUCGCUCUUACGUUAUCAAUGCAGUUGAUUUUAUUAUACCUGGUCAUGGUCCUAAGUUUGCGAUUACAAAUUCUGCAAGACGCCUUGUACAAGAUGAACUUGAAAAAAAUACACAACAUGAUCAUUAAAUUAGAUGAUUGAUAUAUAGGUGCAAUGAUAUGGUCUACACAAAAAUCAAUAUGUCUAUUAAAUUGUUUUAUUAUGACAAUUAGCCACAGUUUUAAUAGCCUACAUUUUAAUAUUUUUAGAAACUUCUAUUAAAGAAUACAAUCCUAUACACUCGUAUAUAAUACAAAGUUAUUACAGAAGUUAUUAUAUACAUUUGCAAACUGUUUGUGUAUUUCGUAUUUGUACUAGAAUUUUUACAAAUAACUGAAAUGAAUAUUUCCCUCUUAUGAAAAUA